CCAGCCUCCCCUUCCUAGAGAUCCAUCCCACACCUCUCCACCCGCCAACAGCUCGGUGAGAGGGGAAAAAAAAAACCGAGAGCAGAACAGUUUCAAACACGUCGGCAUAAAAUCUCACAUCCUGAGCUCCCUGAUUUUUCUCUCUCUCCUUCUCGCUCCUUGCCUGCAGACGGACUUCAUGACUUUAUUCCUUCUCUGCGCGCUAAUGCCCGAGACCACACCGAAACGAAGGAUUUUUUUCCCUUGAGCAUGAAAAGGAUUGCCAAAUCAUCCGCAAUCCAACAUCACCGACUGAGCCACCAGCAGCAUGAGCACUGGAUACAUAUGCUCCAGCAGAAGUUGUUGGCUAGAGAACUAACAAACCUCGGAGCACAGAUACAGCGAAGAGGAGAGAGUCAGUUUUAGGUCUCCACAUAAUGGAGCGAGAAUGAACAGAGAGCGGCUUAAGAAAAAGCAUGAACUGGAGGUUUAUUGAGGUCAUCUGCUUCCUGUUUAUAUGGGACCAUAUAACAGUUCAGUCUUCCCGCCAGGACCCGUUGGCCACUGAGCAACAUGUCACCAAGCAAUAUGACUGGCUCAUCUCUGACCGAGGACCUUUCCACCACUCUCGGAGUUAUCUGUCCUUUGUGGAAAGAUUCCGCCAAGGAUUUACGACCAGAUAUAAAAUUUAUAGGGAAUUUGCACGUUGGAAGGUGAGGAACACCGCCAUCGAGAGAAGGGACCUGAUCCGAAACCCGGUCCCGCUCAUGCCAGAGUUCCAGCGCAGCGUCCGCUUGCUUGGCCGAAGACCGACGACUCAGCAGUUCAUCGACACCAUCAUCAAGAAAUAUGGAACCCAUAUUCUCAUCUCGGCCACCCUGGGAGGAGAGGAGGCGCUGACGAUGUACCUGGCCAAGAACAAGCUGGACAGGAAGCUCGUCAAUGCUACUCAGAACGUGGAAGCCCUUCAUCAGCUGGCCUCGUCGUACUUCAUAGACCGUGAUGGAACGAUGAGGAAGCUGCAUGAGAUCCAAAUCUCCACCAAUGCCAUCAAGGUGACGGAGACUCGGACGGGCCCACUUGGAUGCAGUAGCUAUGACAAUCUGGACUCGGUCAGCUCGAUCCUUCUGCAGAGCCCUGAGAGCAAGAUCCAUCUACAAGGUCUCCAGGUCAUUUUCCCGGAAUACCUGCAGGAGAAAUUUGUCCAGUCAGCUCUGAGUUACAUCAUGUGCAAUGGAGAGGGGGAGUACGUGUGCCAUGACAACCAGUGCAUCUGUCAGUGCGCCAACGAGUAUCCCCAGUGCAACUGUCCCAUCACCGACAUCCAGAUCAUGGAGAACACGCUGCUAGGCAUGACUGAGUCCUGGGUCUCCUCUUACAAGGACUUUGAGAACUCUGAUGAGUUCAAGUCCUUCCUGAAGAGGCUGCCGUCCACUCACUUCCUGCCCAUCAGCAGCGUGCAUCUCCUCUGGGGCAGCGACUGGGACCUUCAGGCUCGCUAUCGGCUCCUUCAGAGCUCCCUGGAGAUCCAGCGGCUCAAGAUCCAGCGCACCGCCCGCAAGCUCUUUGGCCUCAGCAUCCGUUGUCAUCACAACCCCAACCACCAGAUGCCUAGGGAGAGGUCUGUGAUGCAGUGGCUCAACAGGGUUCAGUCCUUCCUCUACUGCAAUGAGAACGGAUUCUGGGGAACAUUCCUGGAGAGCCAAAGGACAUGCGUUUGCCACACAGGUGUCACUCUAUGCCAGAGACCAAUCCCGUGUGUCAUUGGUGGCAACAACAGCUGUGCCAUGUGCAGCCUGGCCAACAUCUCACAAUGUGGCUCCUGCAACAAGGGCUACAAGUUGUACCGUGGUCGCUGUGAGCCUCAGAAUGUGGACUCGGAACGGAGCGAGCAGUUCAUCAGCUUCGAAACUGAUCUGGACUUUCAGGACCUGGAACUCAAAUACCUGCUACAGAAAAUGGAUUCACGAUUGUACAUUCACACUACUUUCAUCAGUAAUGAGAUCCGGCUAGAGACCUUCUUUGAUCCCCGAUGGCGUAAGCGCAUGUCCCUGACUCUCAAAAGUAACAAGAACCGGAUGGACUACCUCCACAUGAUAAUUGGUCUAUCAAUGAAGAUCUGCCAGAUGCGAAAUAGCAGCAUUGAUCCCAUGUUCUUUGUAUAUGUCAACCCAUUCAGUGGAAGUCACUCAGAAGGUUGGAGCAUGCCCUUUGGGGAACAUGGUUACCCACGUUGGGAAAAGGUACGGCUGCAGAACUCCCAGUGCUUCAACUGGACUCUUCUGCUCGGCAAUCGGUGGAAGACUUUCUUUGAGACAGUGCACAUCUACCUGCGUAGCCGUGCCAAGAUCCCAACUGGCCUACGCAAUGACACAGGACAGGGUCCAGUGGAUCUGGCAGACCCUAGCAAGCGUCAGAUCUACAUCAAAAUAUCAGAUAUCCAAGUGUUUGGCUACAGCCUUCGAUUUAAUGCUGACCUGCUCCGUAGUGCCGUGCAGCAGGUUAACCAGUCAUAUACACAAGGAACUCAGUUCUACUCAUCCUCAUCCGUAAUGCUCCUGUUGCUGGACAUUCGGGAUCGGAUUAACCGCCUUGCCCCUCCAUCUGCCCCUGGAAAACCCCAGCUGGACCUCUUCUCUUGUAUGCUUAAGCAUAGGCUCAAGCUCAACAACAGCGAGAUGAUUCGAGUGAAUCAUGCCUUGGACAUGUACAGCACAGAGAUACUAAAACAAUCAGACCACCUGACUGCUAAACUCUGCUGAACACAGUAACAUUCACAUAAGGACAGCAAAGAGAAACACCCAACAAAUGAACUACGAGGGGAUAUUAAUCCUCAUUUUGUUUUCUCUUUUUUGAUUUUUGGACCUUUUCUGCCUUUUGAUGUAAUAUUAACUUUGUAAGCAUAAUUCUUAAAGACAAAAAAAGGAAAAAAAAAAGCAGUGAUGGAAAGCAUUUGAGGCAGAUAAAGAAGAUAAAUGGAACCACUUUAAGGACUGUAUCAUAUUUGUCCCAGCAUGUCUGUCAUUCCCUAAAAGAACUCAAAAAAGAGAGAGUGGAACAAAAAAAAGAAACAAAAUAUUAAAUCUAUUUACUGGUGAAAAAGAGGCCUUGAUUUUACUCUGAGGGAUCAAAGGUUUUAUCUGAAACUGCCAUUCUUUAUCGAGACAAAAAAAAAAACAUUUUUAAGGGAAUAAAUGACACAACAAAAGGGCAGACCAGAUAUCGUUUUAUUUCAGCUAACGUGCAAAAUAUUUCAGACAUAAUGCAGAGUUUAAUAUUCAGAAUGUUUAUACAUUGUAAGGAGUAAAUAGCCCUAGCAACUACAUAGUCAACACAUUACUUAUAGACUCUUUAUUACAUUUCAAACCCACAGCAAAUCUGCAUUACUCUUUGUGAGUUAUGAGGCACUCUGUCAUUGUUCUGACACAUAAGGCACACAGCAGGGCAGUAAUGGAUAGUCAUGUCAAAUAACAAAAGCCAGCUGUUUAUAUAUACAUAUAUAUGUGGGUGAAUGUGUAUGUGUGCGUGCGCAAGUGUGCGUAUUCCUUUCUUUUGGCUUGAUGCUUAUUGCUGUUCGUUUACUGAAUGUGUCAUUUGAGAUUGACUCCAGUCUAAGCUAAAAACUUGCAUUCGGAGCGCUUCUUCCCGUGUUUGAAAUUCAAGCUGUGUUUUUUCACAAGGCAGUACCUCCUGGUGCGUGAGUGCAAUAUUGUGGUCUGAAGAUUUAACAAUCAAUGCUAUUUUGUACAGCUUUGCAAAAUGUACAUGUCGUGACUGCUGAUUUGUGGAGCUUUUCAGCACCAAGAGUAAAAUGUAAACAUUCAUCGUUCAGGCACAUUCGCGAGACAACUUAAAGCCAUACACUCCCCCCGAGGUAGACAUAGGGUAAGACAUUUAAGUUCAUCACUGUUCCACAAAGUACGUAUUUCAUUACAUGAGGGGAAGAAAAAAAACAGCUCCAUUUGUAUGUUUUUCAUUUCACCCUCACAGUUUUAAGAUAAGAGCACAGCAAAGAGACAGGUGACAGAGGCGGCAGACUUAUUAUGUUGGAUAAGAAUCGUGUUGUAAAGCCAUUGAAUUGCUCUGUUGUGCCACAGGGGAGAAAAAAAAAAGAGACGGUUAUAUUAAAGCUUCAAAUACAUUUUUUGGCGGUGUUAAAUCUAUACGCUUUUUUUUUUUUUUUUUUUUUAAACAAUUGCAGUUUUUCUUUCCAGAUAUGAUAUUUAACCUUGUUUUGCAUGUUGCUGAAAACAUCAAGAAAGUUGCAAAUUCUUUCUUAACACUCUCAAUCAUCAAACUCAAAUAUGAAACACUACCUAUGGAUUUGAUGGUCACAUUUUAUUUGGGUAAUCCGAUGCUGAAACAUUGCUUCAAUUUCAAUUUGGAGGUCCAGACCAUUACCAGCAUGAUUACUUAAAACAAAAAAGGCAUAAAGGCAUAGUGUCCUAAAACCUCACCGUUUUUAACAAAUAUGAGUUUGAACCUCUGACUGUAUAGAAAAAGGGACGACACAUCUCCAUCUCUUUUUGUUGUCCAAAAAAAACAAUUAAAUAUAGUUCUUAGAAAAAUUAGCAUGUGGAAACAAAUCAACAUGAUUUGCUUUUGCGACCGACUUCAGGUUUGAGAAAAAUGUAUUUCCUGUGUAUUUAGUUUGCCACAUGUCCCAUCUGUUGACAUGGAGGAGGCAGAGUUUUUGUCACGUAGAAGUUGGAAGUUUAAUUUUGGCUUCAUUUUCAGAGGGAUAUUUGUUGUGUCCAUCUUUUUAUGCAGUCUAUGGUUUGAACUAAAAAAAAGUUGCCGUAUUUGCAACCAGCGUCUAGCCCCCCAACCCUCAUAUUGUGAAAAAGGCUGCCAACCAAGCUGCACGCUUUUAGAAAUACAUUUAAAGAUAAGUACGUUUUUGUUAAUCAUUUGUGUUAUUUUUUUUUUUUAAUGUAUGUGAUUUGGUUUGUAGUUGUAGUUUAAUUGCCUUGUUGUUUUUUUGUUGAAUCUUGUGCUUUUUUAAGUUCUCAUUUUUCCUUCACAUUGUGUUUUCUUGUUCUGUAGGCUCAGCAGUAAGCAGAGGUAUAUAAUAUACAGGAGCUAUGCUGAAUUUUGACUUAUAUUGAAACAACACUGCUCAAACAAACAGCUUCUUGAGUCACAAAAAAAAUCAGGAAUUAGCAUCGGACCUGAAACUUGCCAGUAUUCAGCUUUGUUUACCGCAGAUUCACUACAUCCAAUUACAACUGCAAUAGUUGUAUCCAGGCGUGUGCAUUCUUGGCUUUAUGUGAUCUUCUUUUCCCCUUUAUUCUACUGUCGUCAAUAUUUUAUUAACAACUCUUAAUAGGUGCUUUAUUGAUAACAAUAGGUCAGUAAUUCAAGGAAUUCUAAUGUUCUUCUACAAAUCUAAUCAUGCCAGCUGAUUCAGAAGUCUAGUUGAAUGACUUCUUUUGUAUUAUUAUAGACAAAUAAGGCUCAGAUUGUUAGGCUGAGGGCUAAAUUGUCCAAUUAACCUGACAAUAACAACAGUACCUUCAUUAGUUUAUAUCUUUGCCAGGUUUAUGGCUUGACAUCCAUUAAGGUGCUUUCAAUGAGUGUGCAAUUACAUUUGCAGUGUUUCACGUCUGCAAAGGAUGCUAGCGUCUGCUUCGAGGUAUCUGGUAACUGUUGAAUCUCAAAGCGCCAUGGUAUUUCACCUUUGGCUCGUUUACAGUGUUUUAUCCAAUUAGCAUGCUAAACCCAAGAUGGCGGACUUUGCUUUUUUUUUUUUUUAGAAACAUGUAAGCACCAGUAGCAUUACCAUUGGACAGAAGCCCUAAGCAGACAUAAAUCCAUAUAUUUUAUUUACAAUGUUUUCCCAUGAAUUUUUACUUGUUUUCACAACAUCUCCACUUACGAAUGUUGUUAUCUUGAAAUUACAACACUGGCUUUCCUGUGUUAACAAGUUAAAUUCUCGAGGUCUCGACUUAAAUGUAGUUGUCCUCAAAGGGUAAACCAGCAUCGUUACCCCAUUAUAAGCUGAGAUCUUAAGAAAACAACCAAAAUUUGUACUGAUUUUCACAGGAAAACAGAGCAAAAUAAAAUGCAUGGAUGCAUGUCCCCUAGGGGCUUCCGUACCAUUGAAACAUUUGCAUACUAGCCAUAUUUUCUGACAGAUUCCACGUAAUAUAGAGCUGAUUUGGACAUAAAAAAUUAAAUCGCAAAAAGCCUGUACCGAGAAUAAAAGCGGUAAAUAUAGGAAGUAAUUGCUCAGCAUCAACACUGGACUAUCCAAAUGAAUUGUCACCAUUCCAUUUUAUUAAUAUUAUUAUUAUUAUUAAGUGCCUGUUAUCGAUCCCUUUAACACAUUUAGAGCUGGAGGAUGCGUUUAAAUGCUACACAAAAGACUGACACUCGAUUAGCUUCAGAAUUUAGGACCAUAAAUGUAGAUCAAACACUCUCUUCAUCUCCUCCUGAGAACUACGCCUUUAAGGGGAGGGGGGGUUUGUGCAUGUGGGGGAAAGUCAACCACCAGGCUGAGACAAAACGGAUGACUUGGAGUACCGGUGGAUAUUUUUUUUUCCCGUCCCCUGUUGUACAGUAUAUGUGUAAAUAUUAACUAUGUUACAGUAACACUGCUCUGCUACAGUAACAAUAUUAUAAAAAUAUAACAGUAUUGAAAGGGAAUACAAAGACUACUUCAUUCAAGCCCUCCAUUUGAGUACAUUGGCACAAAUUAAAGGGCACCCAUGUCUUAUGUAACUAAUUCGAUUCAUGACAAUUUAUGACUGUUUUUAUAUUGUUGAAAACAUGCUGUACUUUACAAUUGAUUUACUUCUUUUUCUUUUGCCACUGCAAGGUCCAUAAAACAAGCACAUUUACUCGUAUGGCAUUAUGCUACCACAGUGUUGCUUACAUGUACCCAUGAUAUGUCUGGAGAUUUUUACACCUAAUACCUUGCCUAUGUACCUUUUUUUUUUUUUUUUUCGCUGUUCUGUUGAGAUCAUUAUAUCAGCUUAUUUCAAAAUGAAUGUUUCAUAUAAUAAUCUAUUUCUCAUUAAAAGGCUAUAUUUAAUAAGAAGAGCAA